UGAGCUCAUUCGAAGGUGUUUGGAGAACCGUUCAACAUGUCGUCGGGAAAGUUGAUUCGCUGGGGUAUCGCAUCCGCUGGCAAGAUUAGCGAGGACUUUGUCAUUGCGCUUAGUACGCUGCCCGCCAGCGAUCACCAGGUGGUGGCUGUGGCCGCACGCGCCCAGGAGCGAGCCGCAGAGUUUGCCAAGAAGCACGGAAUACCCACGGCCCUGGGUAGCUACGAGGAGCUGGCCAAGAGCAAAGAUGUGGAUGUGGUCUAUAUUGGCGUACUGAAUCCGCAGCACUAUGAGGUCUCUCUGCUGAUGCUGAACCAUGGCAAGCAUGUGCUCUGCGAGAAGCCGCUGGCCAUGAACAAGAAACAGGUGGAGGGCAUUCUGGCCGCUGCCAAGGCGAACAAACGCUUCUUCAUGGAAGCUGUCUGGUCACGCUUCUUCCCCUCCUAUCAGCAUGUGCGCCAGCUCAUUGACACCGGAGCUCUGGGCGAGAUCAAGGAUGUGCAGGUUAACUUUGGUUUUCCUCUGGCUAAUGUGGAUCGUUUGCAAAAGCGGGAGCUGGGUGGCGGCGUCGUUUAUGAUCUGGGCAUCUAUACCAUACAAGUAUCGCAAUGGGCCUUCCAGGAGCCACCGCAGAAAAUCGAAUCGACUGGCCACACCAAUGCCGAGGGCAUCGAUGACGAUGUCAGCACCACGCUGACCUACAGCGGCGGGCGUACGGCACGCAUGCGCAUCUCAUCGCGCGAGAAGCUGGACAACAAGGCCAUCAUCAAGGGCACCAAAGGACAAGUAACGCUGAUCGACUUCUGGACGCCAAACAAACUGAUUGACAUCGAUGGCAAGGAGAAGGAGUGGCUGCCGCCCAAGGGCAAGCAUGCGACCAACUAUGCCAACUCAGAGGCCAUGCGCUACGAGGCGGAGGCAGUGCGUCAAUCCAUACUCGCCGGCGAGCUGGAGAACAAGACUGUCAGCUAUGCGGACAGCCUGCUAUUUGCCCAGAUCGAGGAUACGAUUCGGAAACAGAUCGGCGUGCUUAAUAAAUAUGAUGAGCAAUAAAUAAGUAUAAUAUAUAUUAUUAAAAU